GCUACCGCCGUUUGGGUGUCUUCUGCGCUGAUCUAAUCGCGUGUGUGACAAGUUGCACAAAAAAGGUGGACGAUAUGGUUCUUGUGCGCUUCCUAGUCCUGCGCCUAUGAGCGAGGCCGCUGUAGCCAUUGGAAGCUCUGCACUCACUUCCGGCGCCAGUACGAUUCAAAGUGGCGGCUGCGAGAAAAAAAAUGCUGCACAUUAAGAAUCGGUUGAAAGUGUGUUCGGUGGCGCUGGCCGCGACCCGGCUGCUAGCAUCGGGUCCUUCGGUUAACCCGGUUGUGUAUUUUGACAUCGCGGCCGAUAACCAGCCCCUUGGUAGAGUGACCUUUCAGCUGAAUGCGGAUGUCGUUCCCAGAACUGCAGAGAACUUCCGUGCCCUGUGCACAGGAGAGCAUGGAUUUGGGUACAAAGGAUCCACGUUUCAUAGAAUUAUACCGAGCUUUAUGUGCCAGGGGGGAGAUUUCACCAAUCAUAAUGGAACGGGAGGAAAAUCCAUAUAUGGAUCUAGAUUUCCGGAUGAAAACUUUAAACUGAAGCACUUGGGAGCAGGUGUUUUGUCCAUGGCAAAUGCAGGGCCCAACACCAAUGGGUCGCAGUUCUUCAUCUGCACUGCAAAGACCGAAUGGCUAGAUGGGAAGCAUGUUGUGUUUGGCCAUGUUAAGGACGGAAUGGAUGUAGUGAUGAAAAUGGACUCCUAUGGUUCUCAGUCUGGGAGUCCCGCCAAAAGGAUCACGAUUUCAAACUGCGGCGAGCUUAAGUAAUCCCUUCAUCACUUCCUCAGGAAUCUUACACUUAAAAUGUGAAUUCAAAAUAAACACAUUGGUAAAUA